AUGUUCCCAACUGACCGCUUCCAUCCGUUGGUACCGGAUGCUGAUCGCCUGCACGACGAUUUGAUACAGGCAACGGAGCUGGAAUAUACACCCAAAACAUCCAAAGAGUUGGGUUCAGUACUUGUACUACAUCAAUUCUUACCAGCUUGGGAUGUACAGGCCUAUUUGCGUGUGGCAGGUAUUUGUCUCCAUGUGCACAACUCCAAGUACCCGAUGUAUGAGGCUACAGGUGAAUUACCUCAACUCAGUGAUGGAAACUUUUUGCUGCCGAAAGACAAGAUCAUGAUGCAUUUACAAACAUUUCAUAAGGAUAUUGACGACUUCUUGAGCGAUACGCAGCGUAGUGAGUCGUACGCUUAUCAAUCGAUGCUCUCGGAGAAGUUGCAAUGUGUCAUGAUGUACUGUCGGUGGGUCGACUCAUCAACGUAUCGAGAAGUUACGCGUCCGCAUAUGAAACGGUACAUCCCAUUCCCUCUAAAUCUCCUUUUGCCGAAGAAGAUGCAUCGAGAGACAAUGGACAAGCUGCGGUCGUACGGCAUCUCAACGAAAGAACAAGCUUACGUCAUUGCUCGUGAUUGCUAUACGGCACUCAAUACGAAGCUAGAGAGUGCUAGCACUCGCUAUUUUUUCGGAGACCAGCCCAGUGCACUGGAUGUAGCCGUGUUUGGUCACGUUGUUGACGCGCUGGGCAACUCUCAGCUGGUGGCCACCUUACACCAGCAUGCACCACUGCUCAUCACGCUGGCGGAGCGCAUCCGUGACGUGUACUUUGGUGGUCAUGAUGAACAGCCCACGAGUCUUAGCAAGGAGGUUGUGUACUCGGAAAAUCGAGCCAAUUACUUUGUAGCGACGUCACUAGAUGGUGCCUUUAUGAAAAAGGUGUCACCGCCAUUGCAAGAGGUUUUUCUGAAGCCUUACCGAAGCUUGGACUGGAGUCGUCGAGUGCUCGCAUCGGAGGUUGCCUUGAGAAAGCGUGAGAAGGAAGUUGAACAGCAGUCAGAUAUAAAUGAAGAACAAGGUAAAGCUUUUGAGAAGGGAUCUCGUAAUGUUAUUAUUGGUGCCAUUGCCGCUCUCGUGCUAUACGCCAUGGCUUCGUUGCCUGUAGAUGUGCAGUUCGAUGAUGGUGAUAAUGAUGAGUUUUACGAAGAUGACGACAAAGAGGACCAUUAUAAUGAUGAAUAG